CGAACAGCACGUUUCGUGUCAGCUGUCACUGCCACAACAUGUUCAUCUGUUCUGUUGUCAAAGUUUUGGCGCCAACAGAAGUACCACUAGCCGAAGAUAAAUUUAAGUUGUAAUUUACUUAGUAGACUUUUUAAUUUGUAUAAUAUAUUAGGAAAUGGAAGACAAAGAUGAUUUGUCACAACUUGAAGAGUUAUUAUGCGCCGAUUUGGACGGUGAGCAAGAAGAAACAAAGAAAAAAGCUCCGUGCGUUCAAGAAGUAAACAUUUUCGAAGAAACAAAUUGCUUAGAAAAUUUACCGGAAAGUAGUGAAUCUUUAAAAACCUCAGUUAUUCAUAAUGGUGAUACUGACUCCUCUGACGAUGAAGAAAAAAGAAACUACACAGAAAGAAAAUAUAAUGACUAUGGAACAGAAGUUAAAAAAUUGCUGGACGAUAAGGAAAAAGAUCAAAUAGACAAGAAACUAAACUUUGAAGUGCGACUACGUCAGGCUAAUAUUGAUGUAAAACUAGCUGCUCAGAGUUCAUUUUCAAAAAAACCUCUAGAAGAUAAUGAACCAAAAACUAAGUAUAUUUUUGGAGCUCCUGUAACUAAUAGUAACAAUAAUAAACAAAAAAUAGAUGUUUUUACUGAUCCUGUGUUCGGUAUUCGUAUCACUAGACCGCUUGUAUCUAGUGCUGCACUGCUUGAUAGAAUGCAAGGCCGAGAAGCUGUAAAUAUGCUUAGAGUUAAAAGAUAUGUGGAAAAUGAAGAUUUGUCUAAAGACUGGGUGAUUGCUGGAGUUGUGGUGAGAAAAAGUUUGCCUAAAAAGUCACAAAAAGGUAGCCAAUUUUUAAUUUGGACUCUCAGUGAUCUUAAAGAUGAUAUAAAAACAAUUUCAAUGUUUUUAUUCCAAAAAGCCUAUCACGAACUAUGGAAAACAAAUGAAGGAACUGUCGUAGCGAUUUUAAACCCUAAUGUUUUAGAUAGGUCACAAAACAGCACUGACCAGGCCUGCCUCAGUGUGACUGGUCCUAACCAGGUGAUGAUCCUCGGAGAAUCAAAAGAUUAUGGAACAUGUAAGAGUAAAAAGAAAAAUGGUGAGCAGUGUACAGCUGUUGUCAAUUUAGCAAAAUGUGAACACUGUAUAUACCAUGUAAAGCAAGAAUAUCAAAAAUUCUCCAAACGUCAGGAAUUGCAGUCCUCGACUAUGGGGAAAGGACUUGUUAACUUGCAAAAUAAAGUCUUAGGUAAAAAUACUGUAAUUUACGGCGGAAAAGCAUAUUCAGCUUUACCUAAAGCUAAUAAUAAGAAAAUUAAAGAACAUGAUCAAAAUAGGUUGAUGUCUUUAAGUGAUUAUUACAAAUCUGAAAGUGAGAGUAAUUUAAUGUCCAACAAAGCACCGUAUGGAGCAGGGUCACUGAAAGGAAAUACCACAACAUUACACAGUCCAACAGCACAAAGAAUCUCUGAUACCAUCAGACUCAAUAAAUUAACACAAUCUAAUUCAAAUAUUAACUCUACACCUGGACUGACUUUAGCUCAAAAAGUAGCGAAUUCCCCAAAACUUGGCAGAGGAUUUAAUUUAAAAGGCAAUGGUAGUAUUGAUCUAAGUGUUUCAUAUAGACAGAAAACAGCAGAACAAAUAAAAUUAAAUGCCAUAAAACUUAUACAGAGAAGUGGUGGUUUAACAAAAACUGAUCCAAAUAACAUCAAAGGUACUGAAGCAGGGAAAAAGAGAGCAUUAGAAAAAUUAAAUACAUCCGAUAGUGAUGAAAAUUUAUGUAAAAAGGUUAAACCGAACGAAGAUAAAAACUUCAAACCAACAAUGUCUGAACGGUUUAAAAAAAUUCUCGAAGCAACAUCCGUCCAUCAGAAUCUCAUACAGCAACAUGAAGAUGAUGAGCAAGAAAAAUACUUUAAUAAACUAGAAAAGAAAGAAGCUAUGGAAGAGAAGAUGUUGAAUACAUAUAAAUUAGCUUGCAAAGCUGUACGUUGCACUAAAUGUAAAUAUACUGCAUUUUCAGCUUCACAACUUUGUAAAGAUGAGAGACAUCCUCUAAAAGUCUUAGAUACAUUUAAAAGGUUUUUCAAAUGCUUGGAUUGUAGUAAUAGGACAAUUUCAUUAGAAUUACUACCGUUACAUUCUUGUGGCAACUGUGGAAGCUCACGUUGGGAGAGAGCAGCUAUGAUGAGAGAAAAGAAAGUGGCUCAUUGUGAUAGUUUAUCUAUAAGAGGGGAAGAGGAAACCUUUAUCGGUGGUGCGACUACGGGAAAAAACAUUAACCUAAUGGUUCCCGACUCCUGAUAUUUCUUUUUAUUUACUUUUGCCCAACACUUUGUCCGCUCAGUAUUAAAAUACUCACUUGUAUCCUAUUGUGUUCUUCCAGACUGUUUUAUAUUUGUGUCAAAUUUCAUCGAGUUUUUAAAAUAUCUUGGAACUGUGUAGAGUAGAAUCCAUCCAAUCUUUCGCAUUUUAGUGUGAUGAGCAUGUUUUUUGUGAUUUUUUUUUACUUUUAAAGAACUCUAAAAGCUUUUAGAUAACACUUUAAUUUUUAAG